AUGUCGAAAAGACCAAUCGACAACCAAUUUGAGAGGAAUAGCAGAUUGAAAUUAUCAGUUUUUAGAUUCUCUGGUAAUUUAUUGAGAGAUUCUUCAGCUCAACUACCUCUAUACUCCAUAAAUAUUAGACAGCAUGCUAAGAAUGCACGCGUAUGUUCUUUUAGAGAAAAAGUCGAUCGAAGGCCAAUAGAUCCGCCACCGAUUAUACAAAUACACACAGAUGAAUAUGAUAAGAGCGAAUUUCAUCAAUCAACAGCCUUUUUUAUGACAGCAACCCUUAUUCAACCGUAUGGUGAUGAUUUGAAUGAAGUUUACAGCCAGAAAAACGUUCGUGCUACGGCGGGUAUCACCGUACAAACACCGACAAAGUUAAAAGAUGAGAAUGGUACAGAUGGUUCGUUUUGUAUUUGGAACCACAUUUCAGUCCGACAGGAAGGUGAAUUUAGGUUAUACUUCAGACUUUUUGAGAGGCGCGAUCUGGAUAUCGUGCAAGUUGCAAGCACUAUCUCAGAUAUUUUCGCAGUACACAGUCCAAAAAAUUUCCCUGGAAUGUCCGAAUCGAGUUAUUUAACAAAGUGUUUAGCCAGUCAAGGAGUUAGGAUAAGGGUUAGAAAGGAGAAUAAGGCUUUGAAUAAUAAGAUAAAUGAUAUAGAUACUGAUAAUAUAUCUUCUUCAUAUGUUUCCCGAUCGUCAAGCAACGUUACUGCCAAUAGCAACACUGUAUUCAAUUAUGUACAACAUCAACAUUCAUACCUACAACCCCAGGAUAUACAUCUUCCAAGGCUAUUACCCCCUAUUCAAUCGCCCCAUAGCACCCCAAUUUCACCAUCACCUCUUCAUCAGUCAUAUAUACCUUUUAGCAACUCAUCUAGCUAUACUAUCCCGCAUUCUGGAGUCCGUAGGAUAUCACAGCCUCCACGACCAUUACCACCUGAAAAGAAAAAUGAUGAGUUGAGCAGCAGGCUCAACGACAGUUUGAUUGAUAGGCUAAGUGACAGGUUAAGCUCCAGGACGUUACCAGAUCCUAUCAGUUCGCUUGGUCAUAUAAAUCAGCAACACCAGCAGCAAGAACAACGACAGAAACAAGAACAAGAACAGCAGCAACAGCAACAGAGUAAAGGCAACAUCUUCCAACUUUUAGAUGCCGCAAGGACAUUAAACGAAGAUGAAACGGAUUUGAACGUGAAUUGAGAAAUCACAAAAUCCUAUUAAAGAGCUUUUAUCAUCAUUCUUUACAUAGAACAUAUACAUACAUCAUUUCCUAUGUAAGGGAGAUUCAAU